CAAAACCUCCAUUGCCUAAAACCUUGAAGGCCAAUCAGCUGAGUACUUCAUUGAAUAUGAAUCUCCUCCAUAACACUGUCAGAUCUUCGUCGACUUAUUUGAUGCGGAAUGUUUAUCAACAUCAUGGGCUCAGAUCACUUCUGUCCAGCUCUGCGUCUCUCCGUCGAUUCUCGACGGAAUCUGCACCCCCGACUAACCAGUCCUCCUCCACUAAACCAUUAUUCGAAACCCCAUCCUCAGGUUUGGUCUAUGGGAAAUUAGUAGGCAUUACAAAGAACACAUUAAAGAGUGAUGUACUCAGUCUAUUUGAAGAAUCCAAGUUAAGCAGUGAUGAUCUCAAAGUCGAUUACAAUCCAUCAUACUCACCAACUGGAAUGAUUGUUCAGUUCUCUUCCAGGAGUGCCUAUGAUGCUGCUCUUAGGGCAGUUGCUAAGAAAGGUCGCUUGUAUAGAAUGGAAAGGGCUGAUCGUGCAAAUUGGGAUUACAUCCAGCCAUAUGAUGGGAAAUAUGUUUUACUGCAAGGAAUUCCUCCAAAUGCAAAUUUUGAAGACAUUGAGCGAUUCUUGGCUGGUUGUGAGUAUGAUGCUUCCAGUAUCCGGCUAUUUUUCAGGCAGGGAGCUUCUGGGCCCACAAGGAUGGCACUUGUCCGUUGUGUCUCACCAACUGCAGCCAUGAGCGCAAUGAUGAUAACAAACAGAGGGUUUUGUUUCAAUAACCAGAUCUUAGUGAAUGUUCUUCAGUAGCUUCAUAAUCAAGCUUUUUGGUUUUCUUUGAAUUUGGAAAGUGUUUUAAGAGUCUCAUUUGUUUGAUUUUGACUUGAUGCUUUACUUGAUGUAGUGGUUGAAUGAUGUGAAAAUUCUAUUUGACAUUCAAUGGAUUAAACUCAGAUAUAAUUA